AUGACGCGACAUUACCGAACUGCAUUGUCGGCACUUCUCUUGAUACUUGCCUCAACUCUGGUUCUGGCACAAGAAACUCACAGCCAAGUCGACAGCAGAGAUGUGCACUCGAUUGAAAAGCGAACCUCCUUUAAAGUCUGGAAUCGAGAGCGAAACGGGCACGCCUGCAUCAUGUCCAUCGUCUUCAUCGUCCUUUAUCCGCUGGGAGCAAUCUCAAUCCACCUCCCCAUCGACCACAUCCCCUAUCUAAGAAACACCUAUCUCCGUAAUAAAAUCAUGGCUAUACACGCACCCAUCCAGAUCCUAGCAUUCGUCAUGAUGAUUGGCGGCAUGGCUCUCGGCAUCAAGGUCGCUCAAUUCGCAGGCUUCCUCCACUCUCCUAUACAGGCACACGUCGUCAUAGGCUUCAUCGCCGUCUUGACAAUCAUAAUCUUCCAGCCGGUUCUGGGCAUCUUGCAGCAUCGGUAUUUCAAGAAAACCGGCCGUAAGAGCAUAUUCGCCUACAUGCACCGCUGGAUAGGACGAGUCGCAAUCGUUCUAGGCAUGAUCAACAGUGGACUGGGCUUUCAGCUGGCAAAAAAGAAUAUCAUCAUUCACACGCAUUCAUAUGUUAGAAGCUACGUUAUCCUAGGCAUACUGGUAACCAUCUGGGUGAGCUUGGUUAUCUACGACGAGCUCAAACUGCGAAAAUCAGCCGCCGUCGCUGAUGGAGGCGAAAAGGCAGCAACACAACAACAGGAGCAAAAGUAG